AUGAGACAACAGAUGCCGAGGGCCGCUUUAUUGCUUCAGUUAUUAUCGGUACAUUACUCCUCGAUCGUCCAGGUGAAAUUUUUUUAUUUAACCUCGAACAAUUACAGAAAACAAAUCAUAGUACAAUAUGUUCCCUAUUUGAAAAUUCACUUUAUUUAUUAUGGCCUGACGGAAUAAGACGAAACGAUGUAUUGCUGUUUUUAAGUGAUGCUGCGCCUUAUAUGGUGAAGGCUGGUGAUACAUUAAAAGUGUUGUAUCCAAAAAUGGUUCACGUAACUUGUACUUCCCAUGGAUUACAUAGAGUCGCUGAACAAAUACGUAUUCAAUUUCCAAAAGUUGAUAAACUGGUAGCAAAUGUUAAACGAGUAUUCAAAAAGGCGCCUUAUCGUGUUCAAAAAUUUCAUACUGAUGCACCGAAUAUAUCACUACCUCCUGAACCUAUUCUGACACGUUGGGGUACGUGGAUUUCUGCCGUAUUAUAUUAUAGUGAAAACUUUCAAACUGUAAAAAACAUAAUUGAAAGUUUUGAUGAGAAUGAUGCGCUUUCCAUAAAAAAUGCUCAAAAAUAUUUUAAAAUUACUCAAAUGAAAGGAAACUUGACUUUUAUACAUUCGAAUUUUGCAUGUCUUCCCAUAGCUAUAACGCGUCUACAAAAACAAGGUAUACCCUUAUCUGAAGGUAUUGCAAUCAUACAAGAUAUUUCAUCAAAGUUUAGUCAAUUAACAGGUACCGCUGGAAUUGAUAUUAAUAAAAAAUUACAAACAGUUCUCAACAAAAACAAAGGAUUUCAAAUUGUUUGUAAUAUUUCAAAAAUAUUAACUGGCGAAGAAGAGAAUGUAGGUGAUUUGGAUAUACCAGAAGAUUUAACCAGUAGCGACAUGGCGUAUUUUAAGUUUGCACCAAUAACAUCCGCAGAUGUAGAACGAUCGUUUUCUUUAUAUAAGAAUAUAUUGGCACCAAACAGGAGGUCUUUCAAGUUUGAAAAUCUCAAAAAAUCAUUAAUCGUACAAUGCAAUAAUUACUUUAGAGGUAAAUUUAUUAAAUAUUAAAUUUAUAUUUAUAUUUAUAUUUAUUUUUUUUAUAUAGAUGCCGUAAAUGACGAUGAUGAAGAUCGCAAUUAAUUUAAAUUUAUAUAAACAUGUAAUACCCAUAAAUUUUUAACAAUUAUAUUUAGUAUUUAAAAAAAUAUUUUUUGUUGUUUUUUGUAUAUUUUUGAAAAAUUAGUACAUAUUUUACGAAAUUUUAAUAGCAUAUUUUUAUGCACGUUUUGAUAUUUUUAGUGCAUAUUUUGAUAUUUUUUAGUGCAUAUUUUCAUGCAUAUUUUGACAUUUUUUAGUGCAUAUUUAAUAGUUUUUUGGUGCAUUAAAUUCACAGCCCUGAAUAUAACCAAUGUAUCGACAAUUGUUAUUAGAAUUUAAAUUUUAAAAACAAAAAAAAAAACUGUAGGAAACCUAAAAAUAGUUUCAAAUAAAGUACCAUCGGUCGAAAAUCCGCAUCUUUUAAUUUUUUUAGGUACGAUUAAAAUAAUUAAAAGCAUUAUUGUUACUAAACGAAAAAGUAUUUUACGAGAAAAAACUAAAUAAAGACCUAAGGAGUGAACUGUUGAACACUUAAAAAGCGGUUCAGGUAAAGUACCAGACAAAAAUUCCACACCAUGUAAGAUAUUGCGUAAAAAAAUUUUUCGCUUACCAAGACAUGUUUUGAAAAAAAAAAACAAACAAAUAAAAGCGCAAUUUUUUGGAAUUAUAUAAUUGAUAAUUUAAAGACGAAAAAUGUAAUUUAAAAUAAUGAAUAAUGAAUUUUUAAAAUAAAAAAUGUACUCCAUUAAAAAAUUAAAAAAUAAUUUAUCUUGUAAAACCACUAGAUCUCUCGUUGCACUCCUAAUAUAAAUAUACCAAAACGUAGAUCUGUAUGAAGGAUGUUUGAGGGCGCUCACGUGGACUGCGGAGUUUGAAAAUUUAUCUACCCACCUCCCCCACUCAGAACAAAGUCAUAACUACGCUACUGUAUACGUUGUAUAUUAUAAUUGCAUAUCAUUUGUGAAUUAAAUCACUAAACCCUGAAUUUUUCUCAUUCGUACGAGUAUAUAUUAUAACGUUUUGUGUACUCGCGUGCAGUUCACAUUCAAACUUCGUUCAUUUUUCAAUCAUAGUACGAGUACAUAGCUAAAACGCGCUUAGUAUACGACACAAUUAAGAUACUAUUUUUAAUAUUAUAGCUUAAUUAAUAAAACGACCAACCUAAAAUACCAUGUUUCUUUUUACUAUCAAAAUUUUAAUACCAUCAUACGCGUUCCACUUAAACAAUAAGAAAUAGAUAAGGUACGCUAAAUAACAAUAGUUGUGCGACAAACAUAUAAGUAUUCUCGUUUUCUUGUCAAACUUGAUUUUGAACCGUACAGUUAGUUUUUAACUGUUUCAAUUAUGACACGAUAUUAUACUCGCGAAGAUUCUUUAUUUCGAAUAAUAUUACGCGUUUAACUUUAAAUACCUACAUUUUUUAGAUUCUAAGCGGAGCGAGGAAUGUAUUGGUUUUAUAAUAUUGGUUUUUUAUUUUUAAGUUUUUUUUCUGUGAACAACUUUUCUUAAUUUUUUGAUUUUUCCCAAGGAUUUUCAUAAUAAAUGUGGGAAAACCGGGGGAAAAAAAAGAAAAUUUACGAAAUGUAUUAUUUUCGAAUUUCAAAUAUUACGGCCUUUCAAAACAUAUAAUCGAAUCGUUUUUCGUUUAUUAGAUAAUGGUUUAUCGUUACGUACAGAUAUACAUUAAAUUUCUCUCUAUCUUCCCGACUUCUCACCUACAACAGUGACCCGUCCAUCGUCCGAAAUAUACCAGUUUGUUUUUUGAAAAUACGUGCAUGACAUUUUUUAGUGUAACUGCAUUGUUUUUCCAUAUAGUAAAUCUCAGAACUCGAAUAUUACAAUAUAGAAAUCAAAAAUUUAUUUAUCGGAUUAUGGCGCUCAAGAGGCGCAGUUUUUUAGUAGGUGAAUAAAUUAAAUGUGUAUAUAACGUUUUAUUAUCGUAAUUGGAAAAAACGUGUACUCAUAAAAACAAUAAAUUCGUGAAGAAAAAAAAAUCACUAUAAAACGCGUGUACCACAGACACGUUUCUAAUUAUACGUUGCACCACCAAAACAACAACAUUUGUUUUCAUUUUUUAUUUCUUUUUCAUUGUCUGUGUUAACAGUAUCUUAUGCCGUGUUUGUUUUCAAAACAGAUAAAUGGAAUGUCAUACCUAUACGAAAUUCUACAGAAUAUUUAAAUUCUUUCCAUUCAUUGUUUUUAAAUGGUUAGGUCGGGGUACCUACGUAUUAAUUAAGAACCGAGAGGUCGGUAAAUCCCAGUGACUAAGCAGCACUUAUAAUAUUAUUUGCAGUUACCAAGUUGACUCUUUUCGUCUUUCGCAUAUUUUAACGUCAAACUGAAUUAUGUUUGAAAAAAAAAAGCAAUAAAGAUAGAUAAUACAUUUCAUCUAACAUCAAGAUUUUUUUUUUCUUACGUAUAAGUCAUGGGUUUUAUCAUCGGUAUAGCAGACGCGUUGCCGGCAAAGUAGUCAACAGCGGGUGAACGAGUUUUAGGGGCAUACAAUUUACGAUUUUUCUUGUUUUAACGCAUAUGCUCAUGAAUUCCAUAAAACAAUAUAAAAAAAAAAUCAUAUAACAAUGCUUCUAUCUAUCUAUAUAAAAUAACUUGGCCCGACUGAAUCAUCAUCGUACAGCUCAAACUACUGCACGGAUCGAACUGAAAUUUGGUACAUAGAUAGCUAGAUGACGUAGGCGUCCGCUAAGAAAGGACGUUUUCUAACAUUCAACCCUUAAAGGGGUAAAAUAGGAGUUUUUAAAUAUUUCGGCUACGGAUAUCUAAUAGUUUAUUCAUUUACCAUUUUAAUAAUUUCGUUUUUACUUUAUUUUAUUAUUUAUUUUUGCUGAACCACGCGUUACCUUGGUGAUACGGAUGAAAUAAUAAAAACAUUGGCCCGGAAAACGCUAGACGGAACAGUUAGCGGGACGGGGGGGUUUUUGGUAUUUUUGGACUAUUAAUUAAAUUUCAUUUGUUGAUUUACAAGUGGUUACAUCGAUGACAUGAAUGAUAAUUUGAUUGUCACGGACGAGAAACCUAUUAUUGUCAUUAUUAUUAUUACUAUUAUUUACACUAUUAUCUAACAAUAGCAAAAAAAUUAAUUAACAAAGGGUUGACAUUAAAAGACUAUAAUAGUUUAAUCUAUAUAAUACAUGUAUAUAAAAAUGAAUAGAAAUUUUUUCGGUGACGUCUUACUUGAAAACUGAUAGACCGAUUUGGCUGAUUUUUUUUUUUUUUUUUUCAUUGCGUUCGUAAUUUUUAUGACAAGGUUUUUAAAAAAGAAAAUUUUUGAAAAAUCCACCGGAAAAUUUGUAAAUUUCAAUGGUAUUUUUCGAAUGAAAACCUCAAUACUUUUUCAAAAUUUCAUUCGUAUCACCAAG